AUGACUUACGACUACCGAGGAAAUCAGUUUUUGGAACAGCUUGCGAGGGAAAACUUCGCAUACGCCACGACUUCCGCCGCCUCUGCCGCAACUACCACGACGGCACCGGCAAACACCAUCACCACGAUGUCACAAUCAAAUCGCCAGAGCCCUGGCGCCUGGCAGGUGUCGUACGACAUGGCCGCCUCUGUUGGUGCGGUUGGCCCGAUGCACUCUCCGACAUCUCAGAGCCUCUCGGCCUCGUCACCCGAAGAUUCACAGCAGGCCUCUUCGCCGGGCCACCACAGCUCCGCUGCUUCGAGUCCCUUGCAGCACCAGCUCUCACCGUUUCAGACCACCGCUCUCCCGCUUCUUACAGACUGGGCGCUCCAGCAACAACAACAGCAACAUCAGCAGCAGCAACAGCAGUCUCACCAGACCCAGGUUCCCCAAAAUAUGCCGCUGUUCCAGGACAGCUCGGCAGCUUUGAUGAGCUUUGGCCCGUUCGGCACGGGCUUCCAACACGCGCCCAUAGAGUACCUUCCCGCCACGACGGGGGCUCUGGAGCCUGCUAUUCAACUGGAGCCGACUUUCAGCAGCAUGUCGACGGUUGAGAACCCGCACCAGGCGCUGACCUGGAACAUGGGCAUUGCAAAUUGGCAGGACUUUGGCACGACGAUGACGCCUUUCCCCCAGAUGCCCGAGGCCAUGCCAAACGUGGGCAGCUUGGGAAGCCAUUCUCCCACAGGUACUUAUCUUGAGGUCUUGUCUCUCAACUCUGGGAGUGACAAUGGCUGGACGACGGUGGAUUUCCCUGCCUACCACGAUCCCACUGGGUUCUCGCAACAGGCUCAGAACACUGCCAUCUUCAACCCGGGCCAGACGCUUCAUCUUAGGUCGAAUUCGGACUCUUCGCAUUCUGAUUUGGAGUUUGGCAGCAGCUACGAGGAAGUCAGCUUCCCGUACUCUCCUUUCUCUCCUGGUUCUGACACCCUCGACGUCGUCAGUCACCGCAACUGUUUCUCGAGCGAUGGCCACCACCACCAUCAUCACCAACAGACUGAGACCAUCAGCCCGGCUGCUGCUGUGGGACCAAUGCCCAUCAAGGCUGCCGCGCCAUCAACCAGGCCCGCACAAGCCAGCGGCUCGGGAGUGGGCGCUGCAUCUUCUUCGGCAUCGCCCCCAGCCCGCCGUACCUCGGGUCCUCGCAAGAGCCCAAUUGCCAAGCCGACGAAAUCUGUCAUUCGCAGGACGUCGACUGGCAAGGACGGCAAGACAGAAAAGAAGGUUGGCCGCCGCAAGGGUCCUCUUCUGCCCGAGCAGAGGAAGCAGGCGAGCGAGAUCAGGAAACUGCGUGCUUGCCUGCGCUGCAAGUUCCUCAAGAAGACAUGUGACAAGGGCGAGCCUUGUCAGGGUUGCCAGCCGUCGCAUGCUCGUCUGUGGCAGGUGCCUUGCACUCGCAUCGACAUCAAGGACGUCAACUACUUCAUGAAGGACUGGAAGGCCGACUAUGAGCGCCACCUUGAUCGUGGCGUCUCGGUUUACAACGUCAAGGGUUUCGCCCAGAAGGAGACUUUGAUGUGGGUUACGCACGGUUACGGAUACUGCCUGCCCAUCAUGGUCCGCGAGGUCUUCGUUGCCGACGAGAGCUGCUUCCAGGUUGACUGGGUCGAGUCUCAUCUCACCGACCAGGAGCCCAUUGACUUUGAGAUCCGUACCGAGAGGCUCGAUGUCGGUCAGGAUGGUAUCAGCAUUGAGUCUCUGGACCAGUACCUUGACAAGCACAUUGACCAGUCAUGGGAGAGCUUCGUCGAUGACCACUUCGAGGGUACGCCAUUUAUCAGUGAGAUCCUAAAGACGGCCCACCGAUUCUACGUCAAGGAGAAGCUCCCGGUGAUCCGCAAAGCGCUCAAGCUUGUCCUCGCCUACAACCUGACGCUUCACAUUACCAUGGUGGAGCAGCAGGGUGCUGAGAACUUUGCCGAGGGUCAGAUUGACGACGAGGAUUCCAAGUACUUUGGCAAGAUCGUGGCUCCCGUCAUGAUCAACUUCCAGAUCAAGUGCGCCAUGGCCGACAUGUGGCGCGAGCUGCAAAAGGAGAUCCUCGAGGAGCUGUCUGCUCUCUACUCGAGCGUUUACAGCGGCGACAGGCUCAAGAACUGGCCCACCAUCUUCAUGCUUGCCGCCAUUCUUCUGUGCGUUUGGGAGGAGAUGCAGUUCGACUGCCACUACCGCGUGCCCGACACCGUCGCCGUCAACAAAUUCUGCAAUGACAUGGAGUCGACGCCUGUUGGUGUUAUUGUCGGUCUGUUCCAUGCCAUUUCUCAGAAGCUUCCCGCCUUCACCGAGUGGGACACUCGCAGACACGGCCAGCUUCUCAACAACAACCCGGCCGUCUGUGAGGCCAUGACAGAAGUGCGCCAACAUGUGACCAAGCAUGAACAAUACCUAAGGGGCCGUGCCGACGCCAAAUUCGACCGCUACGACUUCGACUCUCUUUCUAACAAGUUCCUAUCCAAGUUGGUCAUCCGUGCCAACUGA